AUCUUGCAAGCCACAGGUUCCCCAAUCCCCAUUACCUUCCUCCCCCACCUACGCCCGCGACACGUCCCCACCCAAAUCCGAUGACAAGCUGAGGCAACGACGGCGCCGGCAAAUUCUCGCCCGACCGUGGCCGCCGGAGGCGGCGUAGGCCGUCGCGCUGCCGGAUGCUGCGGUGGCGGCAUGGACACGGCGCUAUGCGACGACCUGCUGCAGGAGGUGUUCCGCCUGCUGCCGCCCGCCGCCGCACCGGCCGUGUCCCUCGUCUCCCGCCGCUGGUACGCCCUCCUCCGCGCGUCGAUCACCUCCCUGACCCUCCGCCUGCCGGUCUCCUCCGACGCAUCGGUGGUGGCGCCGCUCGCCGCCCUGCUGUCUCGGUUCCCCUUUCUCUCCGCCCUAGCAGUGGUCAGCACCGCUGCAACCGACCAGGUCGCCGACGCGAUUCUGCUCCUUGUCGCGUCCUCUCCGUCGGCCGCGCGGCUGUCCGGGCUGAGGUUCCUGCCUGAUUCGGCCAUCUCCCCCGCCGCGCUGAUUGCUGCCUCCCCCGCCUUCUACGGCCUCACCUCGCUUCACCUCACUGCCCUCCGCCCCUUGUCCUUCCGCUGGAUAGCGUUAUUGCCGCGCCUCAAAUCCUUUUACCUCGUCAACUCCGCCGCCGCCGCCACUGCCGUUGACUCCGCCGGUUGGAGCUCCGAUGACGUCGAUGGUAACGGGGAGACCGUUGGGCCUUUGCCGCUGGAGAAGCUAUCUUUGUGCGGUAUCCGCUCCGGUGACCGAGGGCUGGGGUGGCUGUGGCGCCGGUGCGGGAACCUCCAGUGGCUUCAGCUGCGGGCCUGCGACGGCACUGGGGACGGGCCCUCGUCGCAGUUCCUCGCGGGUUGCCUCGCUCAUUUGCUCGCGCUGGAGCUCCGGGCUUGCCGUUCUGUCUCCGACCGCGUCCUUCUCCUCGCCGCCGACCGCUGCCGCGAGCUCAAGUCUCUCCUGGUGUACGACGGUGGCAGCAGGGAGGCCCUCCACCGGUUCAUCCACCAGCGCGGUGCAGCGCUGCGCACAUUGGACCUCCGCCUCCCACUCGACUUGCAUAAUGACCACCUCCUUGCGAUUGGUGCCGAGCAAGAUCAGCAAAACCAGAAUGCGACACAUAGGCUCGGCGCGCUCCGGCUUCAGAGCUGUGUUCUCAUCACUGGUGACGGUCUCAGAUCGCUCGCACGGACAGCCACUGGAGCUGGUAUCGAAGAGCUUGCCCUGGUGAACUGUGAUGUGGUGGAACGGGAGCCUGGAUUGCUGACUUUCCUCAGCCAGAGCAUGCGCCGCCUCCGGCGUCUUGACUUGUCUUACAAUGAGACUCUCACCGACAAAGAGGUUGGUGCCAUGCUGUCAUCCUGCCACAAUCUGAUUGAUAUCAGGCUCAGGGGUUGCAGAUGCCUCACUCGAGCAUCCUUGCUAUCGUUGCUCCGAUACCGUGGCCGGUCAAUGGAGGUCAUUGACAUCACUCACUGCCUGAGCAUUUCAACAGCUGAUGUUGAAUUAUUUGCACAGGAAGCCACUCGAUUAAUUCAAAUGAUUAUCGAGGAGAGCUUAGUGUCAGAAGAAUUGCGGGCCAUUGCACGGAAGAAAGGAAUAAGUGUUGGCUCAUUGCCUUGUGAUUGAACCUUUGAUGCAGGGUAAUCUUCAGGAUGCAACCCGUAGAUGUUUAAAUCCGAGUAAUCACUACAUGAAUGUUGAAAUAAGGUCUGUCUUCACACUGCUUGUCUAUAUGAGUAUAUUUGUUCAAGUAUGUAUAUAUUAUUGCAAACAUGUGUGGCAAACCUCUCUUUGUUGACAAGUAAAUUCAACACCAAUAAUUGUACCGUUUUGUAGGA